AUGAGUAGCCGUUACUUGAUGCUUAUUGGAGCGAUCCCCGUCUGCUACUUUGCAGGCUACGCAUACCGCGAGUACAAGGAUCCCGAUCAGUCCAUGACCACAUUGAACCGGAAACCAGAGACGCUGUCAGAUAGCUUGCUGGAGAGCAGGUUGCAGACAUUGGAAGAAUCAAAGAAGAAAGUGUUGACACAACUCGCAGAACUGGAGGCACAUCGGGAAAAGCUGCAGACGGUGUCCAAGGGCGUGAAUACGAAUAUUCCUGGACGUCUGUGGUAG